AGAGAGAGAAAGAAGUUUUCUCCACUCUGCUCACUGACUCCCCUCCAUCCCCUCUCGUGCUCCAGGUGUGUUUUCUCUCUACAGUUCAGAGAUUAAGUCAUGCUCUCAGUAAGGGGCUCUCCGCGCUCUCCCGCACCUUAACACUUCCAGUCCCGCCAUGUAUCAGGGUCUGACCAUUAGCGCGACCCACCACGCCGCUCACUCCUACGAGGCGAGUUUCCUGCCCUCAGUCGGGUCCACUGCCAGGUCGCCGGUGUACGUCCCGAGCCCGCGCGUGCCUGCCGUGCUCCCGGCGCUGCCAUAUCUGCAGGCGCACGGGGCUCCUCAUCAUGGCGCUUCCUCAUCCUCUGCACACUCAGCUUGGGCCCAGGAUCCGGGCUCUUCUUCCUCAUCACCACCCUCCUCCUAUAGCGCCGGCGGCUCGGGGAACACAGCGCACGCCCCGCCCGUGUCGCCGCGCUUCGUUUUCUCCGCUAACAGUCCGCUUUGCUCCGGGAUGACCGGCACGCUCGACACUCCCGCAGGCGGAGCGCGCGGUCUUGGUAUGGGCCCCUCUUACCACCCCAGCCCUUACCCCGCGUACGUGAGCCCCGGAAUGGGGGGUACAUGGGCCGCGUCUCACUUCGACAGUUCCGUGUUGCACGGCCUGCAGUCCGGGGACCAGAACCCAGUCGCCAGACACCCCGACCUAGAGCUGUUUGAUGAUUUCGCAGAGGGUCGGGAGUGUGUAAACUGUGGAGCCAUGUCAACUCCCCUGUGGCGGCGAGAUGGGACAGGUCAUUAUCUGUGUAAUGCUUGCGGGCUUUACCACAAGAUGAAUGGCAUCAACAGACCACUGAUCAAACCUCAAAGACGACUGUCUGCCUCCCGGAGGGUGGGUUUAUCCUGUACUAACUGUCAGACUACCACAACUACUCUGUGGAGACGAAACACAGAAGGAGAGCCUGUAUGUAAUGCCUGUGGACUCUACAUGAAACUACACGGGGUUCCCCGUCCUCUGGCCAUGAAAAAAGAAGGAAUUCAGACUCGCAAGCGCAAACCCAAAAACCUCAAUAAGCCAAAGCCUGAACCCGCCAGGGCAGAUGGCCAUACCCCUUCUAAUGCCAGCACUAGUGGCACUGCAGCAGAGCUCCGUCCGAUUAAGACUGAGCCAGACACACCUACUCUGUAUUCUCACCAUAAUAUACACACACAGGUCACCGCUAUUCCAGCCUACGUGGGAAGCCAACAUGGGGCUUCCUCCCUGAAACUCUCCCCUGGAAUUCAUGCUGGAGCACACAGUGCCAAAAACGAGACCUGGAACAGCCUGAUCCUCACUUAGACGACUGCUCAUAAACAUGCAAAAUUAUUUGAACCAAUCACCUUGGAAUCUGUGGUUGUUCUAAAAAUGUCUCCAUGAGACAUUCUUCUUUCAUACUGUACUGUGUGUUCGUCCAUUCAGUGAGUGUUAUAAAAAAAAACCCUAUUCGUGUGUGCAAUGACAAGCUACUAAAGCCAAUCAGGUUUAACAACAGGAACAUAAGACAUAUCUUGGGCAAGUCACAGAACUGUCAUUUUGUAACUGGCACAUUCCGCCAAAUUGAUGCCAUUUCUUUUCCCAGGAUAUUACAUGUAUAAAUGUGCACACAAAAUAACUUUAAAAUACAUUUUAUUAUUAAACAUAGUGUCUUAUACAUUGACCUGUUUGCAAAAAUAACAUAUGUAAUUAAAUCAUUAAUAGAACCUACUUAGAACACUUAGCAUUGAUUACUUGUCCCCACACUCUACCUAUACACUUUACCAUGAAAUAUAAUUAUUAAAAUCUAUACUUUUA